GUUUCAUUUCCUUAACUUGCUUCACAUCCACAGCCUUGAGACUUAGCAAAUGAGUUCAGACAUGUUUGAAAUAAUGUUCAGAGUAGCUGUUUUCGUAUUUGGAAUAAUCUUGUAUUAUGCUGGUUAUGGGAUUGCAAGUGUAUGUCUGAUCCCUCUGAUGGUGUUUUUUCUGUUUCAAAAGAAAAGCAGCAAAUUUAAUCCACAGGGCAGGGCCAUAUUCAUUACAGGCUGCGACUGUGGUUUUGGUUAUCAACUUGCCAAGCGUUUGGAUGAAAAGGGAUUCACUGUGUUUGCUGCCUGUUUAUUACCUGAGGAGAAAGGAGCUAAUAAUCUAGUGAGCGAAUGUUCCAGUCGCUUAAAGGUUUUAAAAGUAGAUGUUACACGGGAUGAAGAUGUGGCUGAAGCAAAAAAAAUGGUGGAAAGCAAUUUACCUGAGAAGGGUCUUUGGGGUGUUGUCAACAACGCUGGAAUUUCAAACUGGGCAGAAACGGAAUGGUCUACGAUUCAAGACUAUCAGGCAAUCAGUGAUGUAAAUCUUUUUGGGAGCAUACGGACAACUUUAGCAUUCAUCCCUCUGAUUCAGGCAUCAAAAGGUCGUAUGGCUUUUAUGUCCAGCAUUUCUGGUAUCAUCUCUUUUCCUGGUACCGGUAUUUACAGUAUUACUAAAAAAGCAAUUGAGGCGUUUGCAGACUGCUUAAGGACUGAAAUGGCCUGCUAUGAUGUAAAGGUCUGUAUCAUUGAACCAGGAAACUUUGCAGGUGCAACAAAUAUUCAGAGGGAAAAAACAGCUGAUGAAAUCUGGAAUAAAUUUGAUGAUGAACAAAAAAAAAGGUUGAAUCGUGAAAUUGUAGAGCUAAUUAAUCAUAAGGUCAACAAACAGCUGAAGAACGGAAGUAAGAACAGUGAUCUUGUUAUUGAUGCCAUUGUAGACGCUCUUACAUCUCCUUCUCCAAAAGCAAGAUACCUGGUUGCAAACGUGUAUGAAAAGAUAGCUGUGUGCCUGUUUACUCACUCGCCUACAUUUAUUACUGAUGCUCUAAUAAUGUGGUCUGAGGUAUACCAGAAAAAAAGAUCUUUGCUCUUAGCUCGAACAGGUAACUUGAAGUAAAUUACCUGAACGGAAAUAUGUCAAUCUUCAUGAAGCCCUGAAUAUGUAUCUUAUGUUUUAAUCAACAACUGAAUGUAGUAUAUUCACUUCUCUAUUAAACACCACUUGUCUCUGUGUAAGGUGAUUCAAUAUUCAUGAAACACAUCCUGACACAGAGGAAGGGCACUAGCAGGAGUUAAAUAGUGUUUGGGUGAUAGUGGGUCCUCAUAUGGAAGGAGUUAAUUGCUUUUAUACUUCAAUGUUACCAUAUAUCCUCAAUAUGAACUGCUUUUUUAGCGUGUAUAUUAAUGAGUACAGCUGACUUUGCCUUUUGUGGUACAAGAGUGUCUUCUAUUGAGCACUUUAGUUUUUAUCACCCAAAAAAUGUGAAAUGAGGUGACACACUUGUACCAUAAGAGGCAUGGUCAAUUGUACACAGUAACUUCUUAUCAUGUAAAUCGUGUUUUAAUUCAAAUAAAAGAUUGCAGUACCUAGUUAAUACCUGUAUCGAUGUCUUUAGAAUUGUUUUCAGUUGGUAGUGUACCAAGCACAAGGUGAUAGUUACAGCAAAAUAAGAUGUACUGAAAUGUGCUUCAUGAAUUUGUAUCCCAAAACCCAACAGUUAUGCUUUGAUAUUUCUACCCACAUAAUCUAAACUACCCCUCAUAGCCAUUACAGACUGCCUGAGAUCAUUAUUACAGUAGAACCUAAGAGUUACAAACACCGAACCUACGAAUUGACUGGUCAACCGAACACCCCACUUUCAUCAGGAAGUAUGCAAUCACUCAGCCAUGCAUACAAUGCCACCAGAUGGGCGCUCCUAUAAUUGGUAUGCUGGUCAUGAAGAAGGCAAAAUUACUGUACCACCAAAUGUAUCCAAGUACAGGAAAUUUUACUAGGAACAUUUUAGUUUUAAACAAAGCACAGUUUUUUUUUUUUUUCAAGCCAAACAAGGCUGAAUGUCUGAGAAAGCUGCUUGAAUGUAUUUUGUUAAAAAUAAAAUAAAAACAAGCACUAUGUUAA